AGAUUAACACCGGUGUAUGCGUUCGUGAUAUUGCUGCAUGCCACGUGGCUGCUGAAGCUGCAAACUGGCCCUCUGUGGAGCUGGAUUGCCAAAACGGAGCAAACAUUCUGCCGCCGGAACUGGUGGACGAACCUACUGUACAUCAACAACUACGUACAUGCUGACGAGCCAUGUGUCCAGCAGGCAUGGUACCUAGGUGCCGAGUUUCAAAUAUUCAUCAUCGCACUGAUCGUGCUGGUUACGAUCGUAAAGAUCCCCCGUGCAAAGGUCCUUAUACUGGGAUUGAUGCUACUUGCAGGCUACGUCAUUCCCGCGCUGUUCAUCUACUACCAAAAGCUUGAGGGAACGUACCUUGUCACCUUAGAAGCUCAACGUUAUCUUCUUUGGUACGACAAGUACUACCUGCACGCAUACAUCCCGACGCACAUCAACUUCGGCAACUACAUCCAGGGCGUGCUGACGGGUCUUGUCUACUGCGAGCUGCAGAAACGAUCGAUUGAUCUAGCGCAAAGUAAAGUAUUUAGCAUCGUGUGGCAUCUUACCAUCGUGAUCCUACCUCUCUCCUGGCUGCCGUCCUACAUGUUCUACGUGAAUGACUUCCCCACGCCAUCGGUGUGGAUGGCUGCGUAUUUUAUCAUGUCAAAGAAUCUGUACGGCUUCGGUAUGGGAAUCAUCAUUCUGGGCUGCAUUUACGGUGUGAACGGUGUGGUGAAGCGUAUGCUUAACUAUCCGUUCUUUGAACCACUCGGAAGAUUGACGUACGGUGCAUUCCUGGUGCAUCCGUUCGUGAUGCGCUUUAUGUUUGCCAGUGUACGGGCACCGGUUCACUACAGUGACUUACUGACGCUUUCUCUGGUGUUUGGGGCAACGGUUAUGUCCCUCCUGAUGGCAUUGGUGCUUUGUCUGCUCAUUGAGCUCCCCACUACUGCGCUGCAGAAUCAUAUCUUUGGAAGAUUUAAAGAGCAAAAGUCGAGCCCCGUGGAUCCAGAAACUGUCACCAAUGGUACCAAUCAAUCGCUACUAAACACAGGCCAUGAGGGGAAAAAGGGUAAACUGUAAGCGGCAUGAGUACUUUUGGUAGGUCUCAUAUUUAUAUAAAAUAAUAAAAUCGUUCAAUUACCGAAUUUAAUUAAAAUGAUACGUCAUUAUGUUUUUUCUUGGCUAUUUUGGGCACAAAUAAAUCAUAAUAAGU